AUGUCCAAAUGCAGUGAUUUUGGCUCCAUUGGAAAGAAGACUCGAAGAGCUACAACUUUCAUGAAGACAUCGAAGCCUAAUUCUAAGCAUAAAGUGGUCAAAAUUAGCCUACAAGUCGGAGUUGCGUUGCAGAGAAGCACUCGACGCGUCGAGAAUUUUCUCGACGCGUCGAAUCUGGGCAGUGAGAUCGCGUUUUGCAAUCUAAAUUUUAAGUUGUCAACAGUUUUUGAGAUUGCUAUUGUAAUAGUUGGUGAUCUUGAUUCAAACAUUGGCAAGCGUGAUAUCUUGGUUGAGAUUCUGAGGAGGCUUAGCCGAAGUGAUGGAAUAAUUGGUAGUCAACGUGAUGGUGAGUCCGAGAUUACUGUUCUAGAACAUUUGUUGUUGAAGUGCGAGGAUGACCCUAUUGCUACAAUUGUUGAUAGCACUUUCCCUAAUUUCCGACUGGGAAUUGCCGAUUUAUCAUAUCUUAAUGAUAGUGCAAUUUUAGCUCCAACAUUGGAUGUGGUAGAUGCCGUUAACCAAUACAUGAAUGAUCAUAAUCCGGCUGAGGGUAAGACAUACUUGAGUUGUGAUUCUGUGUGUAAGUCAGAUGCCAAUGUUGACAUGUUAGCGGAUUUGCACACUCCCGAAUUCUUGAAUGCCUUGAGAUGUUCUGGAGUACCAAAUCAUGCUUUGACAUUGAAAGUUGGAUCACCUGUUAUGCUAUUGCGAAAUAUUGAUCACACGCUAGGAUUAUGCAACGGUACAAGGUUGAUUGUUACAAGGUUUCCCAAAUUUGUGGGGAGUUGUUCCAAGUUGAAGGCCACCGUUUGCAUUAAAUGA